AUGGGCAGUGAGAGUAUAUGGCAACGUGCCAAAUCUGUGUUCUCCGGCCAACGCUACCAUGGUGUUCCCAGCGAUCGAACAGAGAAAACAAGCCCCAAAUGGUCCAAUCAGAUAGAGGGGCAGGAAAAUAUCGAGGGAAAUACUGAGGCAGAGGCCAUUGGGCACGAGUCAUCAAGCCCCCAGAAGCCACAUUGGAUUAAUGGCGUCCUUCUCUGUGCUAAGGCAACCACUGUUCUGCUUCUGCUGAAUCUCAUCUUCAUUGCCGUCGCUGCUGGGUUAUCCAACAGAAACGCGGAGAACAGUGCAUUCUCCAGCUUUCAAGUAAUGUAUCAGGGCAGCUGUGCCUUGUCCAAACGAUGGAACAUCGCCCUGCACUUGAUAAUCAACGUACUCAGUACUGGAAUCUUGGGUGCUAGCAACUACUGCAUGCAGUCACUAGUCGCGCCGAGUCGGGAAGAGGUUGAUAAAUAUCACGGGCGAGGUCGAUGGCUUGACAUCGGGUGCUCGAGUGUGAGGAAUCUCUUUGUCAUUGGACGAUCGCGGCUCGCUCUGUGGCUGGUGUUGCUUGUCACGGCGACACCAUUUCAUCUGUUGUACAACGCGAUGGUUUUUGAAUCCGUGGCCAUAAACGAGUUACACGUUGUUGUGGGACCUGGGGAUUUGAAUUCUACCAACGUCGCGAGCUUGAAGACUCCUGCCCUUGAUCAGUGCUUCAGCAUUGUCCCGGUGUUUCCUGGCGGGGAUGCUUCUGUAUAUCGGGGUGCUAAUGUUGACAGCGAUGAUCUCACCAGCUCAUAUUUGUCAGAUGUUACGGAGGAUGGGUACCCCGAGGGUGAGUUGAAUUGGCAUGACUUUGCCUCUGAUAUUGCGCGGGGGGAUUAUGAGCGCCUGGAUACUCAGCAAUGUAUGCAUCUGCAGAGUUUCGGAAAAAACGGGGGCGCAAAAGUGAUGGUCGUGCUCACGAAUUCGUUGUCUGUGAGCCAAGGUGGGAAUACUGCGAUACUCUCGGUGGGCCAAAAAGGUAGCCUGUACCAGGGCGAUAAGGACCUCAGGUACAUCGUGGAUGGAUCCGAAUUCGCUGGCAAGACCUUAAUGAUAAAUAUCCUUGACUCUGGUCGAGCCCAUUACUACACAAACGACAAUUUCACGCAAAAGGCCUGUAUUGACACUCUGGAUGAGAGUUCCUGCUCGGAUGCCUAUGAUAUGUUCAACUGGGCCAACCUUGAUGUGGAGCAGCCGACUCUUGAGAGGGUUAAUCAAUACAUCCAGGCUAACACCACAUCUGACAUCGCGGCCAGUGGCUAUGUGACUACUUGCGAUGGUACAUCAAUAAAUGAAUCAAAGACUUAUAGCGUCGACGGAUGUCUUGUGAUCAAAUCUGAAAACCGAUGCCAGCUGCUUUACAGUCCACCGAUUUGCAUUAUCAUUGCUCUCGUGACUUUCAUAAAAGUCGUAGCAAUGUUCCUGGCAGCAAGGAUAGGUCGUCAUCGAUCGCCACCUUUGCUCACCGUGGGCGAUGCUGUGGCGUCGUUUAUGGAGAAGCCAGAUUCCACCACGCGGGGGAUGUGCUGGUUAUCCAACGCUGAUGUCCGUCGUGGAGCAUGGAAGGUGUCUCAAAAGACAGAGGACUCUGCCGAGGAGCCUUUGGAAGGGGGUCAGCGAGAGCCGAUGGUGUACAAGCGGUUAUCGCGACCCAAGCACUGGAUGCAGGCCUCGAGCCUCCCACGCUGGAUAACGACCCUUGUGUUGUGCUUAGCAUGUAUUGCCGUCGGAGCAUUCCUCUUCGAGCAGGCCCUCGCCCCGCGAGGAGGAGGUCCCUGGGUGACGACAAGCGCGCUUCAUGAAAUGUGGAAAGAAGGGUUCUCCGGGGGCUCCUCUGAAUUCGUCGACCUGAAAGGGACACUGCCCACGUUGAGCUCUCUGGUGAUAGCCAAUAUACCGCAACUUAUCAUCACAGUCAGCUAUUUCUUCUACAACAGUGUGCUGACCAGCAUGCUGGCGACUGCCGAAUACAGCUCCUACGGGGCAAGUUCGAAGCCCCUUCGAGUGACAUGGCCUGUCAAAGACAGUAUGCAGCAGUCAACGUACUGGCUAUCUAUGCCAUAUCAGUACGCAGUCCCCCUGCUGGUGAUCUACAUGGUCCUCCACUGGUUGAUUUCCCAGAGUAUAUUUUAUGUUCGGGUCAUGGCAUAUGACUGGAUUGGUCGACCCAUUUACCAGUUCUCAGUUAGCUCCCUGGGCUAUAACCCUAUGGCUAUCUUUAUUUCCAUCCUUGUGGGUUCUUUCAUGGUCUGCUUGUUGCUUGGACUAUCAUUCAAAAAGUUCAAGUCUGAAAUACCGCUGGCGGGGUCUUGUAGUGUUGCGAUUAGUGCUGCAUGCCAUGUAACUAAAGACGAGGCUUUGGAUCUUGCAGUUAGAGGGCUGGUGACGUGGGGUGAAACAGUGGCAUCGCCAUUGUGGGCGGGGGGGUUUGGUGAAAUUGAGGACGACAAGGGGCAUUGUAGUUUUACAUCUUUGGAGACAGUGAGACCUUCAUUGAGCAAGAUGUACGCCUAA